AACUGUCCGUUGUUACACACAACGAAUUCGUAUACACAUAUUUCAAUCGUUUUUUACUUUUAAAAGUCGGCACACAUACAUAAAUCUUCCUAGAUAUAAUAUUAUUUAUUUAUUUACUUUCAAGUAGUUUCAACUAGGAUAAUAAUAGUCCUUGACCAAAAAUUUCAAUUGCACAAACCCACAAAACAUUCAAAAACAACAAAUCAAGUAAAAAAACGCAUUAGUUAGAAAGAAAUAAAGAAUAGCGAGUAGUGUGUGCAGUCGGAAGCGAAAGAAAAUUUUCAAGUGAUAAUCAAAUUUUAAAUAUAAUCAACUAAAUUCGUGUGUACCAAAUACUCUACUCGAGAUAGAGGGUAUAUACCAAAUACUCUCACAUUGUGAACGAGAAGAAACAAGAAGAAGAAUAAGCACAACGAAAUAUACAAGAGAGAUACAAGAGAGAGAAGUGCAGUAGCUUCCACAUAAUCAGAAUGUUGGGCAUUGAGGAAUUGUUUAUCAGAAAGCCGCCAACUGUGCUGCCAAGUAUGUCACCCACGCAGGAGUCAUACGAAUUUGGCAUAAAUGGCAGCGAUGGCGGCGACGGCAAUCGUCAUAGCGGAGAUGGUAGCAGUGGCUUUGGUAGCGGUGGCAGCGGCGGCGUCGUCGGCGGCGGCGGCAACAACCACUCGUCCUCCGUCAGUAAUAGUAUCAGCAGCAGUAGCAGCAACAGCAUUGGCAAUUGCACUACUACCAUUGCCAAUGGCGGCAAUGGCGGCAGCAGCAGCAACAACAACUUACAAAAUGAAAGUCUUGGCAUGAUGGCAGCCGGCGGGGAUGGUGCUCAGAUCUUGGCCUACGACAACAACAGUCAACAUCAACAUCAGCAACAUGCAAGCAAUAACGGCAAUGGCCACCAAUGCAAUGGCAAUAGCAACAACACAAAUGGCAACUGCAAUCCAAUCACAUUGAACGAUCUACUUGGACUAUGCGGUGGCGGAGGCGGGUCCGGUGGCGGCAAUGGCUCUCAAGCAGCAGGCAGCCAGGCAACAUCGGUAACGGGAAUUCAGCAAGUAAAUAACAACAACAACAACACUGUUACCAACAACCAGGCCGGCACGGGCACAGGCACAGGCAACAACAAUAUGACCAACAGUAGCGUCUGCGUCAGCGGCAACGGCAGCAGCAGCGGCGGAGUCAACAACUUGCUGCUCGCCAGUGCGGCUGCUGCUGCCGCUGCCGCCGCCGCUGCUGGAGACGGCGUCCAAUUGUCCGCCAAUGCGUCGGUCUAUGCUCCGCUCACACCAAAUUCCACGCAAUCGUCAGCUUCACCAGGCAAUAAAUCGAAUUUCGAUUAUUUUCAGUUUGAAAAUGUUGCACAAAGUAACCCACUUAAGGCUUUCCAAAGAACAAACAUCAGCUUCGAUUGCUCUGCACCUUUAUCGCCAAGUACGCCUACAUCUAUUUACAAUCGCUCCUUUCACAGUUCACCUUUAGUCAGUGAUAGCAGCAAUUCGUCAAGCGGUAAUAGUCUAUCUAUGGACUCCAUCAAUAUGCUGUAUCAUCAGCAGCAGCAGCAACAUCAACAACAGGUGCAGCAGCAACGCCAUCAGCAACACCAGCAGCCGCAACAGCAGGGCUAUGCUAGUUUAAGCAACUCUGUUGGCAGCGGAAAUUAUGUUUUGAAUCUACCGAAUGCCUCAACACGUUCCAAUUCACCGGAGAGUCAGAAUAGCAAUCAAUCGAUCAAUGAGACCAAUUUAUUGGACAUGAUUAAUUUGCUAUCGGUGAGCAGCAACAAGCUGGCCUCCAUGCAGCAGCAGCAGCAACAACAGCAGCAACAAUUUCAACAGCAACACGUGCAACAGCAACUGCAGCAGCAAUAUGCCAGCCUGAAUCGUAAUUUUGAGCAACAAAUGGUUUCGAAUGGAACCCAGCAGCAGCAUAACUUUGAUCUCACGGCGGCUAACUCCGUCAAUGAUCCGUCUUGCAUCACCCAAUGUGGCUUGGAGAACUUUGCCAGUGUAGACAUGGAACUGGCCAAGUUGCAGAAUCUGCAGCGUCUUAAUACGCUGAAACUGCUGCAAGCUCAGACUCAGCAAAUGCCGCUGCUUAAUCACCUCCUCCAGAGCUAUGCGGGCAAUCUGCCGGCAACUGGCCCAGGCGGCGUUGGCGGCGUUAACAAUAUGGCUAAUAGUAUUGCUGGAAACAGUUUAACCAAUUUGGUGGGCGUCGGCGGAUCCGGCAGCAAUAUGGCCCUUACGGCCAAUGGCGGUAUGGCAAAUGAUAACUCGAGUGAUGGCCACCAUUUGGAUCGUGUGGCCAAAUUCCAUAGGAGUUCGGCUGCCCUUUGUGAUGCCACUUGCACAUGGAGCGGGCAAUUGCCGCCACGUUCGCAUCGUAUGCUAAAUUACUCACCCAAAGUAUUCCUUGGAGGCAUUCCCUGGGAUAUUAGUGAGCAAUCUCUAAUACAGAUAUUCAAACCAUUUGGUUCUAUCAAAGUUGAAUGGCCUGGCAAGGAGCAGCAAGCUGCUCAACCCAAGGGCUAUGUUUACAUUAUAUUCGAAUCGGAUAAACAGGUGAAAGCCCUGCUAUCGGCUUGUGUAGUCCAGGUUGAUGAUAUGCAUACCGGAAGUAAUUACUUCUUUAAAAUCUCCUCUCGUCGUAUCAAGUCCAAAGACGUUGAGGUCAUCCCUUGGAUUAUAGCCGAUUCAAACUUUGUACGAUCUAGCUCACAGAAAUUGGAUCCAACGAAAACGGUAUUUGUGGGCGCCUUGCAUGGCAAAUUGACAGCCGAAGGCUUGGGCAAGAUAAUGGAUGAUUUAUUCGAUGGUGUUCUCUAUGCUGGCAUCGAUACGGACAAAUACAAGUAUCCUAUUGGAUCGGGUCGUGUGACAUUUAGCAAUUUUCGCUCGUACAUGAAAGCCGUUUCAGCUGCUUUCAUUGAAAUACGCACCACAAAGUUCACCAAGAAAGUUCAGGUGGAUCCGUAUUUGGAAGAUGCCUUGUGUUCCAUAUGCGGAGUGCAACACGGUCCCUAUUAUUGUCGGGAAUUGUCUUGUUUCCGUUACUUCUGUCGGAGCUGUUGGCAAUGGCAGCACAGUUGCGAUAUUGUUAAGCAUCACAAACCUUUGACUCGCAACUCCAAGUCGCAGACUUUGGUGGGCAUUGGUCCAUCGUCUUCAACGCUAUCCUUAGCGCCAUCAAAUAGCAGCAUGAGUGCUCAGCAUAAUCUGCAACAGCAGCAGCAGCGGCAGCAACAUCAGAUGCAGCAGCAGCAGCAGCAGCAACAUCAGCUACAGCAGCAACAAAAGCAGCAGCAGCAGCAUCAUCAGUUCCAACAGUCGCAGUCGAGCAACUUGUGCCUUCUGAACAAAUCAGGAGCUGCCAAUGCCACUGCCGCAUCAUUGUACAAUUAUCAACAGCAACAGAAACAUCAGCAGCAGCAGCAGCAGCACCAGCGUCAGGCUAUCUAAAGACUGGCGUACAAAUCCAGAGCUGCGUAUAUAUAUACAAUAAUUUUUUUUUAAACGUACCGCUUUAAUUUAAUUGCAAGACCAGCAUUAUUGGAUCGAAAGAAAUUUUUCAAUAUCAAGAGUGCUGAGCAAUCAGUUGACACACUUUUUAGAAAAAUUUCAUGCUCCUCCAUGGUGGAGAAUAUUCUUUUGAGUCGAAGUUAAUGGUGCAUUCCCCAGAUAUUAUCAUCAUUAUCAUCAUGAUUGAUUCUGAUUCUGAAUUAUUGUAAAUCACAUAGUUUUAUAUUAUUGUGUGUAUACAGUUACGGUACGAUAUUAA